AUGUGGGCGGAUGUCGGGGUGACGUGACCUACAGAAGGGAUUAUCUUGUUUAUGUCUCUAAAUCUGCUCUGUCUGCUGUUGACGACGACAACACGGUGGAAGACUUUAGGAAGUACUAGCUACUAAUGUUUUACCUACCGACGGCCGGCCAUAGUGUAGUCGCCGGGGAGAACCCGUGUGUGUUGCGCAGGCUGCGGAUUGUGUUUGAGUGAAGGCUAGGAUGAGGAGGGUGAUGCGAGCAGGAUGAUGAAGAAGCAGUGUCGUGGUGGAUGACAACACGCCGAGAGAGACAGACCAGAUGGGGGCGGACGCCAGUAAAGCCAGCAAGAGACCCCCAGCAGGGUCAGGGGAACGAGAAGAGACUCAGUGUUCUUCAGGAUGGAGAGGAUUAUUUUCCUCAGUUGGUCUGUCCAUCCCUGCAAGCCUCUGUCGCCUGGCCCCUCCCACCCUGCGGCUCGGCCAACGGAGGAUGAUCAGAGAAAAGGCCCCUCCUAUCCCGGACCAGGUGUUAGGGGGAGGAGGGCCAGAUAGACUGAGAGCAGAGUGGAGUCUGCCUGGCUUCAUAUCCAUGUUCCUCCCUGAGUUCCCUCACAGAGCUGUACCAGGACACCAACACUUCCAGGUGUUGGGAUAUAUCGCCAAAGGAUCCUUUGGUCCCAUUCUGAAGGUGAAGGACAAGGCCAAGCAGAAAACCUACGCUGUCAAGGUAAUCCCUAAGUCAGAGAUCCUGAGGCUGGGCGUUCUGGAACAGUCUAAAGAAGAAGUUAUAGUACAGCGUCAGGUGCGUCACCCGUUCGUCCACGACCUUCAGGACUGCUGGCAGACACAGAGACACCUCUACAUUAUGUGUGACUACUGCAGUACCGGGGACCUGUAUACAUACUGGGUGAUGAUUGGCCAGUUCAGCGAGGACGCUGUCAGGGUGUUUGCUGCAGAAUUAGGCUGCGCUCUCGGGUUCCUCCAUGACGUUGGGAUCAUCCACAGAGACGUGAAGAUGGAGAACAUUCUGCUCACAGAUCAAGGCCACCUCCGUCUGGCUGACUUUGGUUUGUCUCGUCGUCUGGAGAGAGGAGGAAGAGCCUUCACUAUCUGUGGGACCAUCCAGUACAUGGCCCCUGAAGUUCUGAGUGGGGGACCCUACAGCCACGCAGCUGAUUGGUGGUCGCUGGGAAUCCUCCUCUUCUCAUUGGUCACUGGGAAGUUCCCAGUCCUGCCUGAACCAGACCACUACAGUAUGUUGAGGAGAGUGAGGUGUUUCCCUUACGACAUCCCCCUCAGCUUCAGCCCUCCACUGGCUCUACUUAUCACUGAGCUGCUGUGUAAGACACCGACGCGGCGGCUGCGGACCCUGGAUCGUUUCAAACGGCAGACCUUUUUCCACGGCGCGACCUUUGACCUGGCGUUACUACAGCGACGACCUGUGGAGGUCAUCUUGGCACUGCGGGAGCGUCCUGACCGGCCGGCCAAGGCCCGACGAGGACUGACCCUGUCUCUACAGCCGUUAAGAGGCUUCGACUACGAUACCCUGCUCAGCCCUGCAGGGACACCUGAUACACACACACACCUGGACGACCCCGAUACACAGACACACCUGGACGACCCCGAUACACACCCACACCUGGACGAUCCCGAUACACACACACACUUACACACACCGCUACCUGGCCCGGGCUGCCAGAAUCACCUUGGACACACACACUCUUCUAUGCCCAGCUCCACACACACUCACAGGCCUCCGACACACGGGAAGAAGGAGAUGUUUGUGUGAAAAGUCCCUACAGACACUCAGAAUGGUCACACACACACCUUAGCUAGCUGGGUGCAGGAUGUUCUAGGAGUAUGACAUUCCAUGACGUCACAGGAAGACCCCUGCCCUUCAGCCCCUCUGUCUCCUGUAGAAUAUUUGAGUAAUAAAGAUAUGUUCAGAUUUGUAUUCUUAUAAUCGAAAAAUCACACAAAAAAACAACAAAAUAUAUAUAUACACAUCUACUCAUUCAUGGGUUUUUCUUUAUUUUUACUAUUUUCUACAUUGUAGAAUAAUAGUGAAGACAUCAAAACUAUCAAAUAACACAUAUGGAAUCAUGUAGUAACCAAAAAAGGGUUAAACAAAUUAAAAUAUAUUGUAUAUUUGAGAUUCUUCAAAGUAGCCACCCUUUGCCUUGAUGACAGCUUUGUACACUCUUGGCAUUCUCUCUUUGGCUCAAACGCGUUAAGAACGAAAGAAAUUCCACAAUUUAAUUUUUAACAAGGCACACCUGUUAAUUGAAAUGCAUUCCAGGUGACUACCUCAUGAAGCUGGUUGAGAGAAUGCCAAGAGUGUGCAAAGCUGUCAAGGCAAAGGUUGGCUACUUUGAAGAAUCUCAAAUCUAAACUAUUUUUUGGUUACUACAUUUAUUUUUUUCUUUCACCUUUAUUUAACCAGGUAGGCCAGUUGAGAACAAGUUCUCAUGUACAACUGUGACCUGGCCAAGAUAAAGCAUAGCAGUGUGAACAGACAACAACACAGUUACACUUGGAGUAAACAAUAAACAAGUCAAUAACACAGUAGGAAAAAAACAUAUAUAUACAUUGUGUGCAAAAUACAUGAUUCCAUAUGUGUUAUUUCAUAGUGUUGAUGUCUUCACUAUUAUUCUACAAUGUAGAAAAUAGUAAAAAUAAAGAAAAACCCUUGAAUGAGUAGGUGUUCUAAAACUUUUGACUGAUACUGUAUAUAUAUACACUGCUCAAAAAAAUAAAGGGAACACUUAAACAACACAAUGUAACUCCAAGUCAAUCACACUUCUGUGAAAUCAAACUGUCCACUUAGGAAGCAACACUGAUUGACAAUAAAUUUCACAUGCUGUUGUGCAAAUGGAAUAGACAAAAGGUGGAAAUUAUAGGCAAUUAGCAAGACACCCCCAAUAAAGGAGUGGUUCUGCAGGUGGUGACCACAGACCACUUCUCAGUUCCUAUGCUUCCUGGCUGAUGUUUUGGUCACUUUUGAAUGAUGGCGGUGCUUUCACUCUAGUGGUAGCAUGAGACGGAGUCUACAACCCACACAAGUGGCUCAGGUAGUGCAGCUCAUCCAGGAUGGCACAUCAAUGCGAGCUGUGGCAAGAAGGUUUGCUGUGGCUGUCAGCGUAGUGUCCAGAGCAUGGAGGCGCUACCAGGAGACAGGCCAGUACAUCAGGAGACGUGGAGGAGGCCGUAGGAGGGCAACAACCCAGCAGCAGGACCGCUACCUCCGCCUUUGUGCAAGGAGGAGCACUGCCAGAGCCCUGCAAAAUGACCUCCAGCAGGCCACAAAUGUGCAUGUGUCUGCUCAAACGGUCAGAAACAGACUCCAUGAGGGUGGUAUGAGGGCCCGACGUCCACAGGUGGGGGUUGUGCUUACAGCCCAACACCGUGCAGGACGUUUGGCAUUUGCCAGAGAACACCAAGAUUGGCAAAUUCGCCACUGGCGCCCUGUGCUCUUCACAGAUGAAAGCAGGUUCACACUGAGCACAUGAGCACAUGUGACAGACGUGACAGAGUCUGGAGACGCCGUGGAGAACGUUCUGCUGCCUGCAACAUCCUCCAGCAUGACCGGUUUGGCAGUGGGUCAGUCAUGGUGUGGGGUGGCAUUUCUUUGGGGGGCCGCACAGCCCUCCAUGUGCUCGCCAGAGGUAGCCUGACUGCCAUUAGGUACCGAGAUGAGAUCCUCAGACCCCUUCUGAGACCAUAUGCUGGUGCGGUUGGCCCUGGGUUCCUCCUAAUGCAAGACAAUGCUAGACCUCAUGUGGCUGGAGUGUGUCAGCAGUUCCUGCAAGAGGAAGGCAUUGAUGCUAUGGACUGGCCCGCCCGUUCCCCAGACCUGAAUCCAAUUGAGCACAUCUGGGACAUCAUGUCUCGCUCCAUCCACCAACGCCACGUUGCAUCACAGACUGUCCAGGAGUUGGCGGAUGCUUUAGUCCAGGUCUGGGAGGAGAUCCCUCAGGAGACCAUCCGCCACCUCAUCAGGAGCAUGCCCAGGCGUUGUAGGGAGGUCAUACAGGCACGUGGAGGCCACACACACUACUGAGCCUCAUUUUGACUUGUUUUAAGGACAUUACAUCAUAGUUGGAUCAGCCUGUAGUGUGGUUUUCCACUUUAAUUUUGAGUGUGACUCCAAAUCCAGACCUCCAUGGGUUCAUACAUUUGAUUUACAUUGAUCAUUUUUGUGUGAUUUUGUUGUCAGCAUAUUCAACUAUGUAAAGAAAAAAGUAUUUAAUAAGAAUAUUUAAUUCAUUCAGAUCUAGGAUGUGUUAUUUUAGUGUUCCCUUUAUGUUUUUGAGCAGUAUAUAUAUAUAUAUAUAUAUAUAUAUAUAUAUAUAUAUAUAUAUAUAUAUAUACACACAUUAAAAUACAAAAACACAGUCAUGGUAAGCACAAGUAAAACUUUACAAAUCACACAGAAAAACAGUCCUCUACAAAUACAGUGAGAGUAAAAGAGUAAAAGGGUCUGAAUACUUAUGUAAAUGUGGUAUUUUAUUUUUCUAUCGUUUUUUUUGGCGCUAUCAUCAAGUUUUGUCAGGCUGACGGAAUCAAAGAAAGCUGAUACGUCACAACUAGAAGCAUCGGAUUUGGAAGAAUAUAACUCUGAGUAAAAUUCUGUGAAUCAGUUUAUCUCUUUAGGGUCUGUCAGAAAGGUGCCCGUAAAACCAGGUUUUAUGGACACCCUUUAGUUGUCUAGGAAGCAACCUUUCCGAUUUAUUUACUUCAAAUUGUUUUUGUUGCAGCUUUAACAGGAGGACCUGAGAACCAAGAAUAUAAUUGUAUUCAUUUUUAAAUUUCUAAAUAUAGUUGUAGUCAACCUGAGACUGUGAAGUUCUGUAUGUUUCCUCCGGAGCUGGGAAGGCUUUUCUAUCUCCUCCAGUCACAUGCGAUUCCCUUUUGUAAUGGCAGACUCAUAUAAUAUGACCUCUCAUAAACACUUUAAAAGGUUCCCAUAGUGUAGAAUCAGAUACCGCUCCCGUGUCUUGAGGAAAACUAAUUCAACUUGGUUGUCAUGCAGUCAAUGAAUGCUUGGUCUGUAGGCAAGGAGGGGUUCAUACGCCAACUGUAAUUCUGUUUUGGUAAAGAAAGAUUGAGGGACAACCUUGAACUGUGCUCACUUGUUUAGGUUGCUAUGGUUUUUCGAAUUAAGCACAUUGGGUAUCCGUUUACAACCUAUUAGGGAGUAGGAGACUCUGGAAUAAGACUUGUGAACGUGAGAGUAGAAUGAGUUGUCUUUUGGCUGUGGGAUGUUGCAGUCUCCAGAUGUCCACUAGAUUCCUGGAUUUGAUUAGAUUAUUUAAAACCUGGACAGAGGUGAUAUUUGGUGGAGUUUGUUUAGACAGUCUGUCAAGAUACGGAUCAAGGUAACAAUUAAAACCCGCUUUCGAUUAUUAGAUUAGUGGUACUAAGAUUUGGGAGUAAAUCAAAAAACAUUACGAAACAAAUGUGGGUCAUUAUUAAUAUUUUGGCCAAUAGAGUGGCAGGGAAAGAGUUCAUGUUCCCUGGUACUGUGAUGUAUCGUGUGGGUCUGUAGACAAGGACGAGAGUUGAAAAGGGUUGUUUUUAACAAAGAGAAUAGCCAUGGAAGAGAAGGGUGAAUUCCAGAUGCCGCAGCUCGGUGGCUUUCGUAUGCGUUUCUUGCAGGAAAAUAAUGUCAUCACCAAGCGAUUUCAAAUACUUAAAUGUGACCCGACCGCCUUGAUUCGGUCUUAUUGUAGCAACAUUUGAAAUAGUGUUUUUUUUAACGUUGGAUAAAAGCAGAGACACAGAGUUACAACAUGUCAGAUCAUACACUGCAUUUGAGGAACAAUGGGAAAGUCAUUCUGCUUUGAAAAUGGCCUUUGAAUGUUUUAGUACCUGCUGGAGAGCUCUCAUUUGUCUACUGCCAUUCAGCAUCGUUCACACCCUCUUACGCUUUAGCUCCACCCAUCUCUUUAAGGGUUGAUCUGAGCGUUCUGUCCUAACAACAGCAGUCAAGCACCCAAGCUAACUGGCUAACAGUUGUCGCAGUGACAUUCUAUUGAAAUGGAUACGUGCAUAUUGUAGUCUUUUGUUAAGACAUGUAGCUAGCUAACUAAACAAUGAACCAUAAUCCCAACUCAUGACGUUACUACCCUGCAUGAAUCUGCAGGUAGCUAACCAACCAGGUUCAAUGUUAGCUUGCUACCAUUAGGCUAUAACUAGCAAAGCAAAUGGAUCGGAGAUACGAAUAAUAAGAUCAUACACGUAAUGUUAGCUAGCAAGCCAUCCAGCUAACGCUAGCUAGCUAGCUAACAGUACACUUUAAAUUGAAAUGAAAAGACUUUAUGUCAAAAUUAGAAACAUGUAAUAUCUGGCAAUCUAGCUAGCUAGACUAUCUUACCCAUAUACAUCAUGGUUGUACACUUCUCCCUGCCAUGGUUCCCUUAGUUUGAAGAUGUAAUCCGGAGACAGGUGUGUUCUCCAUCUCUUUAGCUAUCAGACUCUAAUUCCACUGAUUUCAGAACUCGGUCCUCCAGAAAGUGGAGAGCAACACUUAUGCAGUUCUAUGGGAGCCAUAGUGGUGCUAUGUUUAGUUUUGAUGCAUCAUCGGAGCCAUAGUGGUGCUAUGUUUAGUUCUGAUGCAUCAUGGGAGCCAUAGUGGUGCUAUGUUUAGUUCUGAUGCAUCAUGGGAGCCAUAGUGGUGCUAUGUUUAGUUCUGAUGCAUCAUGGGAGCCAUAGUGGUGCUAUGUUUAGUUCUGAUGCAUCAUGGGAGCCAUAGUGGUGCUAUGUUUAGUUCUGAUGCAUCAUGGGAGCCAUAGUGGUGCUAUGUUUAGUUCUGAUGCAUCAUGGGAGCCAUAGUGGUGCUAUGUUUAGUUCUGAUGCAUCAUGGGAGCCAUAGUGGUGCUAUGUUUAGUUCUGAUGCAUCAUGGGAGCCAUAGUGGUGCUAUGUUUAGUUCUGAAGCAUCAUGGGAGCCAUAGUGGUGCUAUGUUUAGUUUUGAUGCAUCAUGGGAGCCAUAGUGGUGCUAUGUUUAGUUCUGAUGCAUCAUGGGAGCCAUAGUGGUGCUAUGUUUAGUUCUGAUGCAUCAUGGGAGCCAUAGUGGUGCUAUGUUUAGUUCUGAUGCAUCAUGGGAGCCAUAGUGGUGCUAUGUUUAGUUCUGAUGCAUCAUGGGAGCCAUAGUGGUGCUAUGUUUAGUUCUGAUGCAUCAUGGGAGCCAUAGUGGUGCUAUGUUUAGUUCUGAUGCAUCAUGGGAGCCAUAGUGGUGCUAUGUUUAGUUUGGUUUUCUGGGUCGCGUGAAAGAGGCAUGUUUAUCAAAUGGAUAAUUAAAGUGCCAAAACAGGGUCUGGUAUGCAGCUAGUAGAAAAAUGCAGAAAAGUAGAACAAUAAUAUAGAAUAUUAAGGAAUGCCUAGCGCAAUCAUUUUUUAACAUGUCCUUUCACAUUUAUACCAGGUUCAGAGUUUUUCGCUUUGGUAUCUCUAAUACUGAUAUUAUUAGCAAAAACACCACUAGCCAAAUACUUAUGGGGACGGUUAGUCAGGAUAAGGUCAAUCAACGAGGAGUUUGAUUCGUUUUUUUUUUACAGUAAUCCGAGUGGGUUUCAUUAUCAGCUGAGUCAAAUUGAACUCAAGACAGAUAUUCUUAAAUUGAUAUGAGGCAUGUGUAAGCCAAUCAAAAUGUAGAUCUAACACAACCAGUUCAGAUACCAGAAAUGGUUUUAAUGAUCAGAAAUAUUACCGACAGCAUUUGGUGAUUGGCGUGUAGGCUAUUUGGCGCCCGUAUAGUUAGGCUUAUGCACUAAUGCCAGGUUAAUGCCAGAUAGCAUCAAGUAAUGAAAGAAAAAAAUCUUAAUGUAGCCUAUAGAUAUAUAAAUUCCAGAAGAAUGAUACAUUUCUUUAAUUUGAAUAUAUAUGUAUUUUUUUCUCCCUUUGUUCAACCCACCCGUCCUUCGUCCAUACAAUAUUUCAUGACCCUUAAUCCGCCCGCCCUGCGGAUAAAACCGCCCACGGGGACUGUGGGUUAUGAGUUAACCUGCGCAGCACUAUAAACCACUGUAGCAGUAGGAUACCAGCUGUAUAACAGCAGAACUAGACCCUACCGGGGAUUCAGCCUGUUAUAACACCUGUUAUAACAUCUCUAUGACAACCCUACCGGGGAUUCAGGCUGCAAUAACAUCUCUAUGACAACCCUACCUGGGAUUCAGCCUGUUAUAACAUCUCUAUGACAACCCUACCUGGGAUUCAGCCUGUUAUAACAUCUCUAUGACAACCCUACCUGGGAUUCAGGCUGCUAUAACAUCUCUAUGACAACCCUACCUGGGAUUCAGGCUGCUAUAACACCUGUUAUAACCAUCUCUAUGACAACCCUACCUGGGAUUCAGGCUGCUAUAACACCUGUUAUAACAUCUCUAUGACAACCCUACCUGGGAUUCAGGCUGUUAUAACACCUGUUAUACCAUCUCUAUGACAACCCUACCUGGGAUUCAGGCUGCUAUAACAUCUCUAUGACAACCCUACCUGGGAUUCAGGCUGCUAUAACACCUGUUAUAACAUCUCUAUGACAAACCUACCUGGGAUUCAGCCUGUUAUAACAUCUCUAUGACAACCCUACCUGGGAUUCAGGCUGCUAUAACACCUGUUAUAUCAUCUCUAUGACAACCCUACCUGGGAUUCAGCCUGUUAUAUCAUCUCUAUGACAACCCUACCUGGGAUUCAGGCUGCUAUAACACCUGUUAUAACCAUCUCUAUGACAACCCUACCUGGGAUUCAGGCUGCUAUAACACCUUUUAUAACAUCUCUAUGACAACCCUACCUGGGAUUCAGGCUGCUAUAACACCUGUUAUAACCAUCUCUAUGACAACCCUACCUGUGAUUCAGGCUGCUAUAACACCUGUUAUAUCAUCUCUAUGACAACCCUACCUGGGAUUCAGGCUGCUAUAACACCUGUUAUAACCAUCUCUAUGACAACCCUACCUGGGAUUCAGGCUGCUAUAACACCUGUUAUAACCAUCUCUAUGACAACCCUACCUGUGAUUCAGGCUGCUAUAACACCUGUUAUAUCAUCUCUAUGACAACCCUACCUGGGAUUCAGGCUGCUAUAACACCUGUUAUAUCAUCUCUAUGACAACCUUAGCCUGUCUAUAGCAGGUGUACUACUAUGCUAAUACUGUAUAGACUGGAGGGUUUUUAUAAAGGACUGCUCUUAUUUUUUACCCACAAUGCCUCACACCUGAUCCCUUCCUUAUUCUUAUUAGAGCUGAGUCACAAGGAGGAAAGGCCAAUCAGGCAGCUACGGCUCUGGUUCAGCUUGUCAGAUUGGCUGUGAGAGAGAAAGGUGGGGCUAAAAUGGACCAAUUUGAUCUAAACAACAUAUUUUCAAAUACUCAAAAUAUUUGAGCAGCACCGGAUUUUGAAUGUGCACCUUUGGGACUAUUCUAUUGAUUCCAUUGUACCGGGGCGAACUAAAUCAGCUCGAAGUAUUUGAAGUAUUUGAAGUAUUUGAAGUAUUUAUUGGACCGAGAUGUGAUUGUUGCUGUCAGAUGUGUUUCUUCUUCUUCUCAGUCGUGUUAGGUCUUCUACCCCCCCGAUCUGUGAUGAGGUUGCUGUUGGACCAAUGCUUUGCUCUGUAUUUUCCUAACUACCAUCAGCUCAACGAUUAAACUGUUUACAACUUG